UGCAAGUUCAGAGAGGAGAAAUGUACGAGUGCAACUUUCGCAGCCAUCAGUUUUCCUAAAGAGACAGAGAAUCGAGCCUGGAUAAUCAGAUUAUUGAUUAUAGAAUAGGAAAAGAAAGAAAGAAAGAAAGAAAGACAGAAAGAAAGAAAGAAAGAAAGAAAGAAGCACACAACAAAAAAGAGGAUUCUGAGUUUGGGAUAAAAUAAAAAGAAUAAAUAUUUUAAAAAAAAAUUAAUAAUCAAGCUGGACUAUUAUCAACUUUGGGACUUGUUUUAGUUUUUUAAAAACUUGCAAGAGAGGAAAAAGAGAAGAGAUCUGAGAGAUCUGAGAGAGAAGCAGACACACAGGCCGGUCCUGAUGGCAGGCUCUCGGGGCUCAGCCAGCACUGGACACUGGCUUUAGGAGCCCACGAGACGUUCACUUCAACCAGAAACAUUUCACAGCUCGUGUGCCCAUGAGGUCGUCGACGCCGGUCCUGCUCUUCCUGAUCAGCGUCCAGGCUGCACUCAACACGGUGGGAAACGCCCACUCACAGGAACCAGCCAAUCAGAACGCAGGAACCCAGGACUCGACCCACGAUGACCUCAUCCCCACAGUUGACGCUAAACUGUUCAACAAGUGGCGUUACCUAUCACCUCGUGUGCUCUUCAGCGACGUAGUGCCCUCCGAUGGCCAUUUCGAGCCUCGAAGUCCGCGAACACGCCGGAGAGCGCGCGACUUCCAGAACCGUGGUGAAUAUUCGGCCUGCGAUAGCGAAAAUCACUGGGUGGGAAACAUGACACGUGCUACAGACUUAGCGGGAAACGAAGUGACGGUGCUGCCUGAUGUUCGCAUCAACAACGUGGUCAAGAAGCAGAUGUUUUACGAAACCACGUGCCGAGUCACAAACCGUGGCUCCACCCACCGUGGGAUGAAGGCAGGAACAACCGGGUGCCGUGGGAUCGAUAACAAGCGCUGGAACUCCUAUUGCACCAACACACACACGUAUGUCCGGGCGCUUACCUCUUUCAAGAAUCAGGUCACCUGGAGGUUCAUCCGAAUCAACGCCGCCUGUGUGUGCGUGGUCAGUCGAAAAUCGUGGAAGCACUGAUUCACAAGUCCUUUCCCCUGUUUCCUGAGUGAAUCAGUUGAUUGAAUUGUGGAAGUAGGGAUUCAUGAUCUGACUUGCUUGUUUCCUCGACACGUAAAUCAAGUGAAGCGGUUCGUGAUGAUACUAAUUCACGAUUCGGUUUGCUACUCAUUCAACAAUCAUUGAAUCAAAUUGACGUAGUAUUGGCUCGUUGAUGCAGACAACAAGUCAUUUGAAUGGUAGAAAUUCGCUUGUUUCGUUUGACAAGUCUGUCAAACGGACCGAAAUGUGGAAGUACUAAUUAAUCAUUCCAUUCAUUUCUUUUCUGAAGUGAAUCGACAAAUCAAAUUGCAAAUGCACCGAUUCAUGAUCCGAUUCACUAGAUGAAUCAAUGAAUCCAACAAAGUAACUAAGCAAAUCAAAUCGUCUCUGUGCUUCCAGAGAAAGCUAUUUCACCAACAUAUUUCUCUAGAAGUGCUGAUUUGUUUUGAUUGUUUGUCCAAACCACCACCCACCCAUCCACUCCUCAGACAAACGUCGUACUGCCAAUUCAGCAUACCAGACUCCUCCCCUCCUUUUUUUUUUCUCCAUCUACAACACCCUACCCCUGUCCUACCCUACCUCACACUGUAAAUUAUUGGUCUGUUAAGUUAUGAUGACUGCAUGACAUAUUUAUAUAGUUUAUACAGGCAAAAAUAUUAAAUAUGUAUGUGUAUAUACAGUAUACAUCCAGAAAACAAGCAUAUGUUGUGUCAUUGUUGUUGUUCAUGCUGUUAUUUAUUAAACACUUCAGUACUUC